AUUAACCUUUUUUGCAGUGAAUAGUUGGUCGCUUAAGGUGAUGUUUUGCUUUGAUGGGGAGUUGUGUGAUGAAUGAAAGAAAUGAAUCACGUCCACGUGAAAAGGAUAUCAAUGAAGGUGCGCGAUUGUCUCCCAAAGAGAAGAGAAGAGAGAGAGGGAAAGAGAGCGCGCGAAGGAAAGAGAGAGGAUCUCCUGAUGGGAAUAUCGAGUUGUGCGUGUGUGUGUGAGAGAGAGAGAGUGAUAAAAAGGAGCCGGAGAGAGCAUAUAUAAUGAGACUAGCAUAAAUACCACGAUGAUUUGGAUAAAAUGUUGAAUGAGUGUGUGAGGUGGAAAGGAAAUAUCAUUGCUCACAAAGUACAUACAAUUAAAUGGAAUGCUCCCAAAUAGAGAGUGUCGGAGAGAGAGAGAGAAAAUUGAGCGGGCGAGAGGGAUGGAGAUGAUCCGUGGUGCGCGAUGGAGUGAGAUGGAGCACGUGAGGGGGAAAACGGUGUUCAAAUCCGCACACAUCGAGUCAGUUGCUCUUUGGAAUUCGAUGGGAGCGGUUGUUGGAUUGUGGAUAUAGGCACGCAGAAGUAUAUCCCCCCCCAUUUCAAAGUAGUAACACCGAACGGAAAAAGAAGAAGGAAAAAACGGCAAGAAGUUGAAGACGUAGAGAAGGGAAAAUUCUCUUUUGUUUUUCUCUUUUAGUUGGACAUUUUUUCCGUACACCUUUUUUGAAUUUCACGAAUGGAACAGAAGUGAGAAUUGUGCGGAGGCGGACAACACUGAGAUAGACUCCAAAGUGAGAUUUCAUGUGAAGGAGAGAAAGAAUAUCUGCUUGAAGUGAAUAGUGUGUGAAAUUCAGGUGUGGAAAAAUUUUCUCUCAACUGCUGGUGUUCAAGUCUUCCAGCGGAGAGGCGGAAAAGAAAAUUCACCAAGAGUAGUACACCUAUUUUCUCAGGCACAUUUCUGUGGAGAUACUCUCAAAUGCUGUAAAACUGGAACAGUGUGCUGUCGAGGAAUUAUUUCCCAAUUUUCACGCCAAAGUAUCAGAAGAAGAAGAAGAAGAAGAAGUGUUGUGUGAAGUGCGAUCAAAGAGAGAGAGCAAAUUAAGUGUGAAUACGCAAGAGGAUUGAGUGAAACAAUAGUGUGGUGAUUCCAAGAGAUCACACAAACAAGUGGUGCAAAAAUAUUAAUUCCUGUUUGGUGAUAGUGCUAAGAUUUCUCGUUAGAGAAAGAGAAAGAAAGAAAGAAUUAAGUAAACGUGAGUGAAAAGUGAUGUUACCGCUGAUCAACUAUUUGGAUUACACACGCUGUUCCUGAUUUGCCACGCACACUUAUCACACGCCCUCGACGGUCUGACUUAGUGUUGAUCGACGGUAUGGAGGAGUCGUCAUCGAAGCGAAUAUCGCGAUGGAAAUGGAGAAAAUUACUUCACUCGGCGGGCAUUGUCAAGUGGACGAUCGCAGCUCUGCUGCUGUUCUUCACCAGUGUCCAGGGACAAUUUGUAUCCACGGAAACUGCGCCAGGACAAACAGGUGUGCCAGAAGUGCCAUGUCCAACAGGAAUGUUUCGAUGUUCUGAGGGCAAAUGUAUACCAUCGCUGUGGGUGUGUAACUAUCAAAAAGACUGUGAAAAGGGGGAGGAUGAAUUUCAAUCGUGUCCUCCACCUGAGUGUGAGCCACAGCAAUUUAGCUGUAAUCAGUAUGUCUUCAAUAAGACCUACUGCAUCCCGCCACAUUACAAAUGCGACAUGACCAUUGACUGUGUGGAUGGAUCUGACGAGUCAGAUUGUCCAUAUCGGAAGUGUCUGCAGGACGACAUUCACUGUGGGCCGGCGCCAGAGGGGCAACAGGCGACGAUGAAUGGAGGCCAUGUGACGGAUUUGUGUGUGCCAAAGGAGAAGAAGUGCGACGGAUAUCUGGACUGUCGGAGUGGGCGCGAUGAAGAGGGGUGUCCGGGGGUGUCGUGUCGAUUGGACCAAUUCCGAUGUGCCAAUGGACAGCGAUGUCUCGAUCUUCAACUGAAAUGUGAUCACAAAAAUGACUGUGGAGAUAAUUCCGAUGAGCAAGGAUGCAGUUUCCCUCCAUGCCAUAGUGGACAGUUUCGAUGCACAAAUGAGGUCUGCAUCCCGAGCAAAUUCCAUUGUGACGGCUACAAUGAUUGCUUCGACAAGAGCGAUGAGACGAAUUGUACAGUGAUUGCGUGUCCAGACAACAAAUUCCUCUGCCCACAGGGUGGACCAGGUGGCACGCCCAAGUGUAUCCCCAAGUCACAGCUGUGCGACGGCAAGAGGAACUGCGAGGAUGGGGCGGACGAAGAGACGGCAUGCUCCACUGCAUCAUGUCCCGCUCUCAACUGUGAGCACAAGUGUGGCCCAUCGCUAACGGGAGGCACUUGCUAUUGUCCUCCGGGUCGAGCUCUGGCUGCAGACAAUCGUUCAUGCACGGAUCUGGAUGAGUGCGCUGAGUGGGGCCACUGUGACCAGCUCUGUGUGAACACGGAUGGCUCAUACUCGUGCUCCUGUGCCGCUGGAUAUACUCUCACGGAAAGAAGUCGAUGCAUUGCGCCAAAUGCCGCCAGUCUCGAGUUGAUAUUUGCUCAUGAUCGCGCCAUUGUGAGAAUGUCCUCGCAUGGACAGGAGGCGAAGAACGUGGCCAACGCGACUGGAGCGAGUGGAGUGGCGUUUCAUCAUUCGCGGAACUUGCUCUUCUGGUCAGACAUCAAGACGCGCAAAGUGCAAUCGCAGCCACUGAAUGACGGAGGCUUUGGGGGGUCAGACCUGACGCUGCCAGGCACCUGGGCUCCUGUGGCUCUGGCUGUGGACUGGAUUGGAGAUAAGCUGUAUGUGGCGGAUUUCGUGGGUCAGAAAGUGGACGUGUUUGAACUCGACGGACGGUGGCAUGCUGUGGUGCUGGGGUCAAACUUAACCAGUCCAGCAGACUUGGCGCUGGAUCCCACAUCUGGUUUGAUGUUUGUUGCUGAUGGUGGACAAGUUCUGCGGGCGCACAUGGAUGGCACUCACGCGAGAUCGAUAGUCUCUGAGGCAGCCUACAAAGCUUCUGGUGUUGCAGUGGAUGUCAUCUCAAAGCGAGUGUUUUGGUGUGACUCCCUCCUGGAUUAUAUUGAAACUGUGGACUACGAUGGCGGCUAUCGAGUAAUGAUUCUCCGAGGUCAACAAGUUCCCAGUCCAUCGCGAUUGGCGCUCUUUGAGAACCGAGUCUUCUGGACAGAUGCCACGAAGCAGGGAAUAAUGUCUGUUGAUCGAUUUGAGGGGAGUUCCAGUAUUCAAGCUAUUUACAAGUCAAAGGAAAUUCGGGAACCAAAAGCCAUCGUGACAGUGCAUGCCCUCUGCCAACCCCGCGUCUCGAGUCCGUGUGGUAACAACAAUGGUGGAUGUGCCCAAAUGUGCAUUGUGACAGCAGUUAAGGGAGCUCCUUCUGGUCUGGGAUUCCGAUGUGCAUGUCACACGGGUUGGCAGUUGGCGAGUGAUUUGAGAAAUUGUCACCUCGUGCAGCAAUUCCUCAUGUAUUCCCAACAGAGAUUCAUCAAAGGAAAAGUCCUGGAUCCGGUGAUUGAAGGAUUCAGUGAUGCCAUUCUGCCUGUUGUCUCCAGAAGAGCCAGAUUCGUAGGCCUGGAUUAUGAUGCAAGAGAUGAACACAUCUACUACUCUGAUGUGCUGCAGGAUGUUAUCUAUCGAGUGCACAGGAAUGGAACUGGAAGGGAAAUUGUUUUAGCAUCUCAGAAUGAGGGUGUGGAAGGUCUGGGAGUGGAUUGGGCAUCUAAGAAUCUGUACUACAUUGACAGUCGCAAGGGAACUUUGAAUGUUCUGUCUACCAGGAAUGUAACACAUCGAAGGACACUGUUGAAGAAUCUGAAGAGACCCAGAGCCAUUGUGGUGCAUCCGAACAAGGGCUUUAUUUUCUUCUCAGAGUGGGAUCGACCAGCUAAUAUAACGAGAGCAAAUGCUGAUGGAUCUGGAUUGCUGGUGUUCAAGAAUGUUACCUUGGGUUGGCCAAAUGGUCUUUCCAUUGACUUCAAGGAGGAUCGAGUGUACUGGUGUGAUGCUCUUCUAGAUCAUGUGCAGCACGCUAAUCUCGAUGGAACAGACAUUAAGACAGUCAAUUCUAGACUCAUUCGACAUCCGUUUUCCAUUGUGAUUCACGAAGAGUGGAUGUAUAUUACGGACUGGAGGCUCGAUGCUAUUGUGAGGAUGCACAAAUUGACUGGAGAGCAGGAGGAGAUCAUGGUGAGAGAGCCUCAGACGAAUAGACUCUACGGCGUUAAAGUGUACAGUCACCUUGUGCAGUCAAUUGACUCCAAUCAACCCUGUUCGAUCAACAAUGGAGGAUGCGAGAAACUCUGCUUCGCUGUUCCAAGAAACGACUCCACAGGACUUCAGGUGAAAUGCGCUUGUCCUUAUGGCGAGAGAAUCAACGAUGAUGACCGAACAUGUGUGGCUGAUCCCAAUGCUGAACCUCCUGUUCAGGCAUGUCCAAAUUCCUGGGACUUCACGUGCAACAACCAGCGUUGCAUCCCGAAAUCCUGGCUCUGUGACGGUGAUGAUGAUUGUCUGGACAACAGCGAUGAGGAGCAGAAUUGCACGAAGCCCACGUGUGGUACAAAUGAAUUUCAGUGUAAAUCCGGCCGAUGUAUUCCACUCAAUUUCCGCUGUGAUCAGGAGAAUGACUGUGGGGAUCACAGUGAUGAGGCGGAUUGUGGAAAUGUGACUUGCGCUGCAUCUCAGUUUGCCUGUGAGAAUGGCCGAUGCAUCCCAAGCAUCUGGAAGUGUGAUUCUGAGAAUGAUUGCGGCGAUGGCAGCGAUGAGGGUGAUUUUUGUGCUGAGAAGACCUGCGCUUACUUCCAAUUCACAUGUCCUCGGACUGGACACUGUAUUCCUCAAUCGUGGGUCUGUGAUGGAGAUGACGACUGUUUCGACAAGCAGGAUGAAAAGGAUUGUCCACCAAUUACUUGUCUUGCCAAUCAAUUCAAGUGUGCAGAUCUACGGCAAUGCGUGGAGGAGUCGUACAAGUGUGAUGCUAUUCCGGAUUGCAACGAUGGAAGUGAUGAGCUGGGAUGUCCUUCUGUGGGACCAAAUCAGUGUAACAUGGAGAAACACUUCCAGUGUCGAUCGAGUGGAAUUUGUAUACCAGCAGCGUGGCACUGUGACGGUUCUAAGGACUGCGAUGAUCACUCAGAUGAGGAGGAUUGUGGGGCAAUUUCCUGUCCGAACAACUUUUACAAAUGCAACAAUUCUCACUGUGUUUUCAAGGCGUACAUUUGCGAUGGCAAGGAUGACUGUGGCGAUGGAAGUGACGAGAGUGCUGAACACGCGUGUGUCGCUCCUCCUUUCCGCUGUCCAACUGGUCAGUGGCUCUGUCCCGAAGUGACUGGACGUUGCGUUAACAUUUCUUCGGUGUGUGAUGGCAUUCCCGAUUGCCCGAAUGGCGCUGAUGAGGGUGAGGGUUGUGAUUUGGCAGAAUGUCAGCAUCAGGGUGGUCUCUGUUCCAAUGGGUGCCAAAAGACUCCGUUGGGAGCCAUGUGUAUCUGUCCUCCUGGAGAGGAACUCGCUCCAGAUGGCUUCACAUGUCAGGAUCUGAAUGAGUGCGAUCCGGCAGGAUUGUGUUCUCAAAAGUGCACAAAUACCAAAGGCAGUUACUUCUGUUCUUGCACAGAUGGAUACAUUCUGGAGCCAAAUAAGCAUACCUGCAAGGCUGUAAAUCACACUGCAGCCUUCCUCAUAAUUUCCAAUCGUCAUUCAAUUCUCGUGGCGGAUCUCAAGGAGCAAGGAUUAGAGAGAGUGCCCAUAAUUGUUGAGAAUGUGGUGGCCACAGCGUCAAAUAUGCACACUGGGACGAUAUUCUGGAGCGACAUGAAGCUGAAGAAGAUCUCACGAUUGGAUCGUGGCAUGGAGCCCAGGGAGAUCAUAUCAACUGGCCUGGAUCUUGUAGAGGGUCUAGCUUAUGACUGGAUAGGCAAGAAUCUCUACUGGUUGGACAGCAAACUCAAUACCAUUGAGGUUUCGUCGGAGAAUGGAACGAACAGACUCGUCCUGGCUCGAGAGAACAUCACACAACCUCGUGGAAUGUGCUUGGAUCCAAGUCCUGGGACAAAAUGGCUCUUCUGGACAGAUUGGGGUGAAAAUCCGCGAAUUGAGCGAAUGGGAAUGGAUGGAACGAUGAGAGAAACGAUCAUCAAUACAAAGAUCUACUGGCCAAAUGGAUUGACUCUGGAUAUUGCGACACAGCGAGUUUACUUUGCUGACUCGAAGUUGGACUUCAUUGAUUUCUGCUACUACAACGGAACUGGCCGGCAGCAAGUAUUGGCGGGAAGUCACUAUCUUCUACAUCCGCAUUCUCUGUCGCUCUUUGAGGACACGCUUUACUGGACUGAUCGACAACUCAAUCGAGUGUUGUCAGCGCACAAAUUCAAGGGAAACAAUCAGACUGUUGUGAGUCAUUUAAUUUCUCAACCACUGUCCAUUCAUGUGCAUCAUCCAUCGUUGCAACCCAUCACAGACAAUCCCUGUUCAAGAGCUACUUGCCAGCACAUGUGCCUUUUGAGUCCUUCAGCGUCAACGGGAUAUUCUUGCAAGUGCAGACCUGGAUAUCGUCUUGAGACGGACGGAAGAUGCAUUGAGGAGGAGAAUCCCUACUUGAUGGUGUUGAAGGGAACACAGAUUGUCGAUGUGCCGAUCAACGGAGGAGAUGUGAGGGCGGGAGCUCUCAUUCCUGUGGUUGGAAUUGAAAGUGGCACAGGAAUUGACUUUGAUCGCAAGGGCGAGACACUAUUCUGGGUGCAAGGACGCGAGGAUGAUGAUGAAAAUUGCACAAUAUUCACAACACCUUACGGCGGAGGCAACAAGACGGAGUUCUUGGGCAUGGAUUCAGGCCUCAUUGGAGCUCCUUAUGUGAUUGCUUUCGACUGGCUGGGCAGAAAUCUCUAUAUUGGCAACAGAAUGGCUAGCAAUUUCGAAGUAGUGCGAGUCGAUGGCAAAAUCCGCCACAGAAGUGUAAUUCUUGCGAAUGACGGAAACAAGACAUCCGUAUCGAAGCCUAAGAGUGUCGCCUUGGAUCCGACAGAUGGAAAACUCUUCUGGACGGAUGAGGGUGGAUUUGGUGUGCCAGCAAAGAUUGGUCGGGUUAACAUGGAUGGAUCAAAUCCAAUUGUGCUACAUGAUGAUGUUGACAAUCCGGAAUCCAUCACUGUGGACAUUGACAGGAAGAUUGUCUACUUCAGCACGCAACAUCCGCCGCAAAUUAUUUCCAUGAAAACUGAUGGAUCGAAUAGACAAACAGUUCUCUCUGAAAAGGAUGAUAUUUCCCGACCCAAAUCGUUGGCUGUGCUCGAUUCGCGACUUUACUAUCUGGAUCCAGUUUUUGAGAAGAUUGUAAGAGUGGAUUUGCCCAAUGGUGACAAUGCCAAAGUGAUUUUGGAGAAUGAAUCGGAUCUGAGGAGUAUGACAAUCUUCAAGAAGCGUUCAAUGCUUCUGCAUCCUUGCCAAUCGAAUAACGGAGGAUGUGAGCAUAUUUGUGUGCCGUCUGACAGUGGCUCCAGAGUGUGUGCCUGUGGAGUGGGAUACAGAAAGGACAAUGAAGUGGGAUGCACUCCGUACAAACAGUUUGCAGUGGUGGGACAACUGGACAUUACUCGAGGAUUCAGUCUUACUGACAGCACCGAAGCAAUGGUUCCGAUUACAGGAAGUGGACAUCACAUCCUGCACGUCGAUGUGGUGUACAGAGACUCGUGGAUCUACUGGGCAGAGUACAAUCGCGGACAUUGGAAUGGAAUCUUCAGAGUGCGUCCGAAUGGCACGGAAUUGCAGCAUGUGAUCAAGGAUGGUAUUGGAAGCAAUGGUAUUCGAGGAUUGACAAUCGAUUGGGUGGCAGGAAAUCUGUACUUUACCAAUGUCUUCCCUCAUGAGAAUUACGUGGAAGUUUGCUGGUUAGAUGGGACGAACAGGAGGGUUUUGGUGAAGACCACAACUGAUGCUCCGAGGGAAUUGGCUGUGAAUCCUGUGAAGAGAUUGCUGUACUGGAUCGAUUAUGGUCAAUAUCCACGAAUUGGAAAAUCCUAUCUUGACGGAAGCAACUGGACACCUGUCGUCACCUCAGGAAUCUCAAAUCCUCGUGACUUGACUGUGGACAUGCUGACCCAUGAUGUCUACUGGGUUGACUCCAAGCUUGACACGAUUCAAAAGGUGUCUUAUAGCGGUGGAAAUCGUCAAGUGAUUCGACGCAAUUUGCCAAAUCCCAUGGGAAUCGCUGUCUAUCUUAGCGAUGUUUACUGGGUGGAUAGGAAUCUAAUGACAGUGUUUAGGGCAUCAAAACUUCCUGGAAACAUAUCUCUUCCUGAGAAAGUCAGAACCAAUUUGCAGAAGUUGCGCGACAUUGUUAUCUAUGACGUCUCUAAUCAACCUCAAGAUGACACCAAUCCUUGCUUGAGACUGGGAAAUGGUGGCUGUGAUCAACUAUGCUUCAGUUUCCCGCAAGAGAACUUCGGCAGCAAUCCUGGAGGUCGACUCAAUUUCCGAUGCGAGUGUGCUACUGGAAAAUUGAGUGCAGAUGGCAGGAAAUGCGAUCUGGUGAAGGAAUUUGUAGUGUUUUCCACUCGAACGGAAAUUCGAGGAAUCAAUCUGGAUCCUCGAUCAACAGGAGUGCCUUUCAAAACACUGGGCAAUUUGACGAAUGUUGUUGGUUUGGACUUUGACUAUGCGGAUAAUAAGCUGUUCUUCACUCAAAUUCGACCAUGGUCGAAGAUCGCAUCGACAGUUGCUGAUAACCCAACAGCGACAGAUGUCAAGACGAUCCUUAUGAAAGGCAUAAACCCAGAAGGAAUUGCCUACGAUUGGACACAGAAGAAAAUCUACUGGACAGAUAGUUUGAACAAUUCAAUCUAUGCCAUGAACACGGACGGAUCGUCACUAGUGAUGAUCUCGAGAGUGGAACGCCCAAGAGCCAUUGUUCUCGAUCCCUGCAAUGGCACUCUUUAUUUCACGGAUUGGGGGCGAUUCGGCACGUCUGGAAAGAUCUUCAGGACAACAAUGGCAGGAUCACUGAAGAAAGCCAUCAUUGAUAAGGAUCUCUCCCAACCUAGUGGACUCGCGAUUGAUUACGAGGAUCGCAUGCUAUACUGGACAGAUGCUGUGCGUGAAAAGAUCGAGAGAUCACAACUCGAUGGACGAGAGCGUGAAGUUCUAGUGGCGGCCACGAUAUAUCCCUUCGCUAUAACAAUCCAUCGUAACUAUAUUUAUUGGACAGAUCUUCAACUGCGCGGCGUCUAUCGAGCAGAGAAGCACACUGGUGCAAAUAUGUAUGAGAUGGUGAAGCGGUUGGAAGACUCUCCUCGAGACAUUCACAUUUAUAGUGAGAGCAGACAAGAGUGCCAGGCAAAUCCGUGUCUCCAGAACAACGGUGGAUGCGCUCAGAGCUGCCAUCCUGGACCGAAUGGUACGGCAGAAUGUAAAUGUGAUGACAACUCGAAGUUGGUAAAUGAAGGCCGAAUGUGCGCUCCAAAGAAUCACACUUGUGACACCAGCAAAUUCUACUGUCGCAACGGAAAGUGCAUCUCUAGGAUGUGGGCUUGCGAUGGAGAUGAUGAUUGUGGAGAUAACAGUGAUGAAGAUACUAACUAUUGUGCCUUCCAUUCGUGCUCUCCUAAUGAAUUCCGCUGCAAUAAUGGUCGAUGCAUCUUCAAGACGUGGAAGUGUGACCAUGAGAAUGACUGCAAGGACAAUAGUGAUGAGGAGGGAUGCACUUACCCACCGUGUGUGGAUGGAGAGUUUACUUGCCUCAAUGGCAGAUGUAUUCCUCAGUCCCAAGUGUGCAAUGGGAUUAAUGAUUGCAAGGACAAUGGCACGUCAGAUGAAACUCAUGAGCGAUGCCCGAAGAAUACUACUUGCCCGCCAAACCAUCUCAAGUGUGAGAAGACAAAUAUUUGCGUGGAGCCUUAUUGGCUUUGCGAUGGGGACAAUGAUUGUGGUGACAAUAGCGACGAAGAUGCUCUUCACUGUGCUCAGAGAACGUGUCCUCAGAACAGCUUCAGAUGCCCUAAUCAUCGCUGCAUCCCGGCCACUUGGUAUUGCGAUGGGGAUGACGAUUGCGGUGACGGAGCUGAUGAGCCGCCAGAGUACUGCAAGUCAGAGGGAAGGACAUGCUUCGGGGAUCUAUUCACAUGUGACAAUGGCAAUUGUAUUCCCAGGAUUUAUAUUUGUGAUGGAGACAAUGAUUGCCUGGACAACAGUGACGAAGAUAAUCGACAUCAGUGCAAUGACCGCAAGUGUGAUGAGGAGACGGAGUUCACGUGUGAAGAGAAUAAAUCUUGGGGCAGGUCUCAGUGUAUACCCAAGAAAUGGAUUUGCGAUGGCGAUCCGGAUUGUGUGGAUGGAGCUGAUGAGAAUACAACACUUCACAAUUGUCCAAAGCCUCAGCCAUGCGGCGAUGAUCAGUUCACAUGCGAGAAUGGUCGAUGUAUAAACAAGGGAUGGCUCUGUGACCACGACAAUGAUUGCGGAGAUGGCACGGAUGAGGGCAAAUUCUGUAAUUCACAGUACAAGACAUGCUCGACGAAUGAGUUCACAUGCCAGAAUUUCAAGUGUGUGAGAAAUCAAUAUCGAUGCGAUGGGGAGGACGAUUGUGGAGACAAAUCAGACGAGGUGGGAUGCAAGAAGGAGAACGUAACAUGCCCCGCUGGUCAAUUCACAUGCACCAAUGGGCAGUGUAUUGAUUACCAUUUGGUGUGCAACAAAGUGUCUGAUUGCUCGGAUGAUUCGGACGAGCCGCUGCACUGCAAUGUUGAUGAAUGUGCUAAAGUUGAGAUUCACCAGUGUGGUCACAAAUGUGUAGACACUCUCACGGGCUAUUACUGUGAUUGCAACCAAGGCUACAAACUCCUUUCGGACGGAAAGGCCUGCACGGAUAUUGACGAGUGCAUUGAGACACCAGGCGUGUGCUCUCAGCACUGUUCCAACACUCCUGGCGGCUACUAUUGCAAGUGCGAUGACCGGUAUUACGAACGCCAAAUUGAUGAGCACACGUGCAAACGGAAGGACCACAUUGAACCCUGGCUGAUCUUCACCAACAAGUACUACGUGAGAAACAUGUCAGUGGAUGGACGGCAAUACAAUCUAAUUCAUCAGGAUUUGAUGAAUGUCGUGGCGCUGGACUUUGACUCUCGGGAUCAGUACAUGUACUUCUGUGAUGUCACGGCCAAGACAAUCUAUCGUUCACACUACGGAGAGGAGGACAUUUCUGAGAAGGUGGAGAAGGAGCCUGUGGUUCGACAUGACUCUCAUGGACUUGAGGGAUUGUCUGUGGACUGGGUGGGUAGGAAGCUCUAUUGGAUUGAUAGACACUCUAAGAAUCUCGAUGUCUCGGAACUCGAUGGCACGAAGAGGAAGACGCUGAAGAGUGGAGUUGUCGAUCCACGAGCUAUUGUUGUGCACCCAGGAAUUGGGUAUUUGUACUUCACGUCCUGGCACCUUCAGGCUUACAUAGCCAAGAUGGGCAUGGAUGGAUCUAAUUUCUCAAGGAUUUUGACAUGGGAGAAUGAUAUUGCAUGGCCAAAUGCCCUCACCAUUGACUACUUCACGGAUAGAAUCUACUGGGCGGAUGCUCAUCUGGAUUACAUUGCAUUUGCUGAUCUCGAGGGACGUCACAGGCAUAUUGUCCUGUCGGGAACUCAAGUGCCUCAUGUCUUUGCUCUCACCCUCUUCGAUGACUGGCUCUAUUGGAGCGACUGGAAUCUCAAAGCAAUCCGACGGGCUAAUAAGUUCAGCGGUCAGAAUCUGGAGACAAUCAGAAACACCACCCAUCGACCCUAUGAUUUGCAUAUCAGUCAUCCGCUAAGACAGAUACCCUUCCCAAAUCCUUGCGGUGAGAACAAUGGAGGAUGCUCGCACCUUUGUCUUCUCUCACCACCGCCAGAGUCCACGUAUCUCAACAUUGAGGGCUACAUUGAGGAAGGAGCGCCGAGCUACAAGUGCGCCUGUCCCAAUCAAUUCUACUUGGCCAGAGAUACAAAGACGUGCAUCGCGAAUUGCACGGCUGGACAGCAUCGUUGUGGCGGUGUUGAUGAGAAGUGUAUUCCAUGGUUCUGGAAGUGUGACGGUGAGAAGGAUUGCAAGGACGGCAGCGAUGAACCGGCGUCGUGUCCGGCCAGGCACUGUCGUGCUGGAACCUUCCAGUGUCGCAAUACCAACUGCACUCCCUCAGCUACGAUUUGCGACGGGACUGAUGAUUGUGGUGAUGGAAGCGAUGAGCAGAAUUGUGAUCUUCCUUGUCCUGAAUCAGACUUCAAGUGCAGAUCUAGUGGCAGAUGCAUUCUGGAGAGCUGGAAAUGUGAUGGUGAUGCAGAUUGUAAGGAUGGAAGUGAUGAAGAUCCUGCCAUUUGUCAUAAACGAUCCUGUGAUCCUGAGACCGAGUUCAGCUGUAAGAACGGACGCUGUAUUCCCAAACUCUGGAUGUGUGACUUCGAUAACGAUUGCGGUGAUGAUUCUGAUGAGCCAGCGUAUAUGUGUCGCCAGAAGAAUUGCACCACGGGAUGGCAGAGAUGUCCAGGACAGUCCAAUUAUCGCUGCAUUCCCAAGUGGCUCUUCUGCGAUGGCAAGGAUGAUUGUCGCGAUAAUAGUGAUGAACUUCCUGAGAAUUGUCCUCCUUGUCAAGCGGAAACGGACUUCAAAUGCGCCAACAACAGAUGCAUUCCAAAGCAGUGGAUGUGCGACUUUGCCGAUGAUUGUGGCGAUGGAAGUGACGAAACGGAGCAGCAAUGCAAGGGCAAGUAUCGCGAUUGCUCAGAAUCCGAGUUCCGCUGUACCAACGGAAAAUGUAUUUCAACCCGCUGGCGAUGCGAUCAUGAGGAUGACUGCGGAGAUUCCAGUGAUGAGCUCAAUUGCGAGGGCUUCCAGUGCAAGAAUGGUACAUUCCAGUGCGCUUCUGGACACUGCAUUGCCGCUUACUUCCGCUGCGAUGGUGAUCGCGAUUGUAGGGAUAUGUCUGAUGAGGCUGACUGUCCGCCGAGAUUCCCUGGUGGACGCUACUGUCCGGAGUCCAGGCAUCAGUGCGACAACAACCUCUGCGUGUCGCCAUCUGAUCUGUGUGAUGGCACUGAUGAUUGUGGUGACAAUUCUGAUGAGGCACCAGCGGUUUGCUCGAAUUUCAAUUGCGACACUCUCAGGCGCUUCCAGUGUGCCAAUCACCGCUGUGUGGCUCGCUAUCAGAUUUGCGACGGAGUGGACAAUUGUGGCGACGGAUCCGAUGAGAACAAUAUGACACUUUGUGCCACUAGGCAGAAGCCAUGCGAUCUAUACAGACAGUAUCAGUGUGCCAAUCGCAAAUGCAUUGAGAGACAUCAAGUGUGUGAUUAUGCGGAUGAUUGUGGCGAUGGAAGUGAUGAGUUGGGAUGCCAUCGGCAGAAUACAUGCUCUGAUCUCACACGAGGUGGUUGCGAGCAUCACUGUCUGAAUCUAACGGACGGUGGAUACAUCUGUGCCUGCUAUCCGGGCUAUAUUAUCACGCCAGACAAUCGCAAGCACUGCAAUGACGUUGAUGAAUGCACCACUGGUAUCCACACUUGUUCUCACAUUUGUCACAAUCUCAAUGGAACCUACAGUUGCUCCUGUCAGCCAGGAUUCCGCCUGUCGGAUGGAAUGUCUGGAGUGUGCAAGGCCGAAAAGGAGGAUGUGAUGCUGAUCUACUCGAAUGGACCUGAAAUACGGGGAUUUGAUCUUCAGGCUAAGGAGCAAAUUGAUGUGGUUGCAGCGGAGAAGAGAAUCGAAGCUGUUGACUAUCAUCCCACAGCACAGAUGAUCUUCUGGGCGGAUAGCUAUGAUAAGACUAUCAAGAGGAGUUACAUGGUGAACGCUCAGAAUGGUCAAGUGAAGAUUGGCUUUGCCCAGGACCUGAAUAUGAAGGGUGGAUCGAAGCCCACGUCAAUCGCCGUGGAUUGGCUGGCAGAUAAUCUCUACUGGACAGAAAUUGACCGAGCAAGCACGAAACCUCGAGGAAAGGUGAUGGUGGCGAAGACAGAUGGACGGUAUAGAAGAGCACUGAUCAAUGCCGGCUUAGAAGUUCCCACUUCUGUGGCUGUGGAUCCCGAGAGAGGCCGAAUGUUCUGGGCAGAUGCAGGAUCUGCGCCGAAGAUCGAAGUCUCUUGGAUGGAUGGAUCAAAGAGAAGGCCGCUCAUCACUGAGGAGAUCCGCCAUCCAGCUGGAAUUGCCAUCGAUUAUGCCAUGGAUCACACAAUCUACUGGGUGGACACGAAGCUGAACACAAUUGAAUCAAUGAGGCAGGAUGGCAGUUUGAGGAAGGUGAUUAUUCGCGGGGAAGCACUUCGACAUCCGGUGUCUCUAGACGUAUUCGAGUCGAAUCUCUAUUGGGUGACUAAGGAGACUGGAGAGCUCAUUCGACAGGACAAAUUCGGGCGUGGUGUUCAAGUGGUCGUUCAGAGGAAUCUUCUUAAUCCAUCAGGAAUCAAGGUGUAUCACGAUCAACGCUACAAUACUUCUCUGGAGAACAAAUGCCACUCGAGUCCAUGCUCCCAUCUGUGUCUCCUGGUUCCAGGAGGUCAUCACUGUGCCUGUCCAGAUAACACAGCUCCAAUUUCCCAUCGAAGCACCGCCGAGGUGAUUUGCGACGCUGCUGCUGAGCGUCCUCGUCCAUCGCCUAGGAUCUGUCCAUGUCAGAAUGGCGGCCUUUGUACAGAGAAUGCCGACGGAGAGCUUGAGUGUGCAUGUCUGUCUGACUUUGGAGGAUCCCACUGUGAGAAGCUUCUGGGACAUUCGCAUUCUCAUGGUGCCGGAAACACCGCAGCCAUCGUCGUGCCCAUCAUGGUGAUCUUGUUGGUGCUCUUGGCGGCCGGUGGGGUGUGGUAUGUGAUCAGGAAGAGGCCUUUCGGGAAGAUGGCUCGGUUGAGCAAUCUCUCGUCGUCCCAAAGCGUUUCCUUCCGCCAUGGCACAAAUGUGGAGUUCAAUGCGCCCGGCUUUCCGCCAAAUGGACCCGUUCCUGCGUCCAAUGUGGCGCCUCUGGACGGGUACAAUCUAGAAACGGUAAGCAGUAAGUCCAGGGACUUUAGCAAUCCCAUGUACGAUGCCGUGCAGUCAGGGACCACAACAGAGCCCAACAUGGAGAAUGGCUCAGGAAUCUACGAGGUGCCUGGGAAUCCCAAGCCCAAAUCCGAGUCUGGUCACUUCACGGAGCCAGUUUCGGCCAUUCUGGCGCCCAGCAGCAUCACCCAUCGGACGUCACCGCAGCUCCAGCUGCGCCCGCGUGAGCUGGAUCCCUCGGCCGACACGGGGAAGGACACGCAGCAGCUGGUGGAGGAGGACAAGUCCGACUGCUGAUACAUGUGACAACUCCCCCCGAUUGUCUUCGCGGGCGACAAAGAGCGCCGCGAGGACUCAGGCGUGAAUGUGUGUGUGGAGCCAAGCUCAGAAGUGCGGAGGAUCCUCGCAGGAAUCCUCUGCUCACUUGCAAUACAGUAUCCAUGAAAAUUCACUCGUGAGACAUUCCUGUAUCUUUUUUUUUAGAGAUGUGUUUUUAAAGAUCUUCACAUAUUAAGUAUUUUUCCUCAAUUUAAUAAUUAUUUUUUGUUGUCUGUAUUACUAUUUUAUUUUAUUUGUGUAUAGGCUGAAAUGUGAAAGAUUUCUAUUUGUAUUCUAUUAAUGAUUGAAUUUCUAAUUGAACAACACAGAGAUAACAUGAAGAUAUUAUCAUUGUGAAAGUGAAGAAAGGGGUUUUUUUGAAGUGUGAAUUUCACAAGUAAACUAGUAUUAGAGAAUAUAAAAUAAUUGUAUAGACGGAGAGAGAAAGGGGGCGAAAGAGAGGGAGUAAGAGGAAGAACGAGGAAGAGAGCGAGGAGAAAGGCGACAAAAGACCUAUAGAAAGAUGUGUCAAUAGACGAUUUAUUAUAUAUUUUUAUACUUGACGGUUUUGGUGAAAAAUAAUAAUGUAGGAGAAAUUUUAGUCCCUGACGAGGAAUGAGCCAUUCCCAGGAUAAAAAAAAGACGAGAGACUCAAGAGCAGAAGAAGGGUCAGAACAAACAUUCCAUGUAAGGAAACAAUUGUUGAUUUGAAGAAGAGUAUUUGAUAAAUGCAAAAUGUUCCAGUAGACAUUAAAAGGAUAUGAGACACUGUAAAUAAAUGUUAAGGAGGAGGAAGAAUAAUAUGAAAAUAUAUUGAGUAUAAGGAAUAUUAUAGAUGAGAAAUCUCGUAGAGUGUUAAACGUGAGAAGAGACAUUUUUAUCAUUCCCGCGGUAUCGAUAGCAGAAAUACUAGGAGUUUUCUGUAAAGUGUUUUAUCUUCUUUAAAUGAUUCUGUAAAUUUCUGUUUAUUUUUCUUGUUUUAGAGCAGCACGACAAUAUUUAAAGAGGAGGAUGAGAGUUAAAAAUAGAGAACAGAAAGAGUGAUGGUAACAAAA